AUGUUGUUCAAAUCGUCGCUGAUCUUCGUCGCCGUCAUCGGCGCCUCGCUCGCCGCCACAGCCUCGCAAUGCGCCAAGAAAGAGGCGAAAGCGGUGAAGGAAUGCGUUCAGCUUCUUCAAGAUUCCACCGAAGGUGUGAAGAAGUUGUUCGCGUCGAAUUUUGACAAGAAAAACCAGGAUGAGAUGAACGAGAUUUGCAAGAAAUCGCAGGCAUGUUUUGCGGAUCUCAAAAAGAAGUGUUCGGAUUUCCCGCCUGAGGCUACUUCCACCUUGGACUUCAUUUGCGGAAAGAUUGAAUUCUUCACGGGACCAUUCUCGGAAUGCAUGAUUAAGCUGAUUAAACUCGAUGACACGCCGACUGGAGGCUGCGGCGAAAAGAUGCUGAACAGCGAGAUCUUCGAGAAUCCAAAGAAUGCGUGCAAGGCUGUCAAGGACACGAUCGGCUGCGAGAAGGACAUUGGAAAAGUGUGCGACGCAGCGGCCGAGAAAUUGUUCCAUGACGAGAAUCAAAAAGACCUCAAGAAAUACAAAUGCUAA